UUCAAUGCAAGCUUUCCCCGCAUUGUGCGCAUAGUCGAUGCCUCAGGCACCAAUGCUGUUUAGUCCUGUUUAGUCCUGCUGGCCCUCUGCGCUAGUCCAGCUGCUUCAGCCUCACGCUCCCCUCAGCAAUCUCAAUCCAUGUCUGAUGAUGCCACACAUGACUUUCGGCUUUUAGUCUCUGGUUUGGGCUACAUAGCUCUUGAACGAAGGGAACGCUCGACUGAAUGGCUGCCGAAUACGCAAUCUAGUCGACCAAUGGAGAAUGUCGAGGUAUGCCCAUUGAAGCGUGUGCAUCGACACCCUGGAUCGACAGGCAGUAGUCCGCCUCCCGAUACAGAUCCGACUCAAGAGCACUGAAAUGGCGACAAUCCCUAGGAUUCACCGUCAUCAUGACUACACAAUCGCGUGGAUCUCUGCACUUCCCUUGGAGAUGGCGGCUGCAGCCGCAAUGCUUGACGAGAGACAUCCGGACUUGCCAACUGAUCUGAGUGACAAUAAUAGCUAUAUCUUCGGUAGCAUACACGGCCAUAAUGUUGUCAUUGUAUGCCUUCCCGCUGGGGUAUAUGGCACAACAUCAGCGGCAGUCAUCGCCAGUCAGGUUCAAUUUACCUUCAGAUCGAUACGGUUCGGCUUGAUGGUCGGCAUCGGAGGUGCAGCUCCAUCACAAGGCGACAUCCGGCUUGGCGAUGUGGUGGUGAGCCAGCCAACGAGGGACUAUGGCGGGAUCGUGCAGUACGACUACGGAAAGACUUUAAGCAACAACCGCUUUGAAAGAACCGGCAUGCUUAACAAACCACCGUCGGUACUUUUGACUGCGGUCUCCAAAUUGCAGGCGGAGCACAUCGUGAGACCAAGCAAUAUUCCCACCAUAUUGUCUGAGAUGAUAUGCAGGUACCCGAAAAUGAAAGACAGAUUCACCUACCGUGGUGCAGAGCAAGAUGUGCUGUUUGAGCCUGACUAUGAUCAUGAAGACUCUGAGAUAACCUGCGCGAACUGUGAUUUCGGGAGAAGGAAAAGCCGGCCCGAUCGAGGUUAUGAUGUCCCCGUGGUUCAUUACGGCCUUAUUGCUUCCGCAAACCAGGUAAUGAAGAAUGGUCGUAUAAGAGAUCAAUUAGCGAACGAAUUUGGUAUUCUCUGCUUCGAGAUGGAAGCAGCUGGUUUGAUGGACAACUUCCCUUGCUUGGUGAUCCGAGGGAUCUGUGACUAUGCAGACUCUCAUAAAAACAAGCAGUGGCAAGAGUAUGCAGCUGCCACGGCGGCAGCAUAUACCAAAGAGCUUCUGUCCAUGAUUCAUACCAAGCAAGUGGUUGACAUGCCAUCACCUCAUGUGGAUUCGGAGCUGGCUCAACAUGGUCUCAUGGCUCCAAACGGGUCGGAAACAUCUGCAGGCGAAAUAAGCAAGAAAAGUCCACACAUGGACAUCGGACAGCUACUAGGGCGGAUCUCGAACUAUGACCAUGAUAAGGUUCACCGAAGACUUGCCUACAAGCGCCUUCCUGGAACAACUCAGUGGUUCUUGAACCAUGCGACAUUCAAAGCAUGGCUUACAAGGUUGGAUCAGUCCAGCCUCUGGUGUUCGGGGAAAAUUGGUUCAGGUAAAACUAUCAUCGCGGCUUCCGUCGUUGAGGCUGUCAAGUAUCGCGCACUUGAGAACUCCAGUUGCCAUUGUCCUACAGUAUUUUUCUAUUGUGAGAACGAGCAUUCUGGCUCGUUACAGGCUUCCUACAUUCUUGCCAGUCUAAUCAAGCAAUUAGCUCAGCUCUUGUACGAGUCGCAUCAGGUCUUUCCGCCAGAUGUCGCUCAUGAGCUGGGGCGUUUUUUUGGAAGAGACCGAAGGGUACCAGACUAUGAUGACCUGCAAGAAAUCUUCAACCUUCUGUUCUCAUACAUGCCAAACACAAUCUACGUUCUUGACGGACUCGAUGCACUAGAACAGCAAGAAUGCCAGAAAAUGUUGCUGCUAAUUCGAGCAACCUUCAGUUCUGCCAGCCCACCCAAUGGAUCGAAGAUCAUGUUGUUGAGCAGGAAUCACGUACCAGGCUACGUGAACAUUGCUACAUUCAUGCCGUGGGCUCUCCGAAUCUCAACAUUCAAUCACGUUACCCAGGAUAUCGAAUUCUAUAUCAAAGCCAGUAUUGAUGACAAGUCUAUGCUUAGAAAGCUUACCAGUGACUGUUCCUUACUGGAAGAGAUCAAACGCGUGCUUCUCACUGAGGCCUCAGGAAUGUUUCUAUGGGUUUACCUUAUUCUCGAAAUCUUGUGGUCGACAUGCUUCACCGAUGCAGAGGUGCGCUCCGCCUUGCGUCGGCUUCCUAAGGGUUUGAAGGAAACGUAUAGGCUGUGUACUCAGCAGAUUGCGUCUGAUCCCAGGGCUGCGAAGGUUCUUAAAUGGCCUUUGAUCUCCAUGAUACUCGCUGGGAUCACGAGAAAGUACCCCAGGACGAAUUUGUGCUCGGCUGCUGCGCUAAUCUCGUGGUUCAGGACCCUACUGAUGGCUGUGUUCGCUUCGCGCACUCGUCGGUCAAAAAGUUCCUUCUGAGUCAUCGAGCCGACCAUGAGACCAGAUAUCUGGAGAGCGAGGCGCGAGGAAAUCUCCAAUGUGGGGAGUUCUGUGUUGCUUAUCUCUCUUUCUCAAACUUUAGCUUACAGGUUGAGACGCAAGGACGGGAUCACAACCCAACAGGCUUGGCAGUAGUCUCGC